AUGAACCGACACGUCCUCGAAAAGGGCCACUCUGCCUACCCCAUCGGUUCUGCAUUCUCAAUAUCGCCUAACAGAUUCCAGCCCCGGUCGCAACCUUCGCUUCGGUACCGCCGACAACUCUUCCAGCGCCUCUGUCUGCUUGGCGGCGUCUCCCUGAUCCUCGUCCUCCUCAUCUUCCCUUCUUGGCGAGCCGCCGUCCUCCCCACCAUCUCCCUAGGCCUGCUCGCCUCGCCCAAUGAUCUACACCUCCAAACCGUCCGCUACUAUGACCUCAGCGAGGUCCAAGGCACCGAGAAGGGUUGGGCGCGCGGAGAGCGCGUCUUGAUGUGCACUCCGCUGCGCGAUGCCUCGUCACAUCUCCCGAUGUUCUUCUCUCACCUCCGCAACUUGACGUAUCCGCACGACCUCAUCGACCUGGCCUUUUUGGUCUCCGACUCUCGAGAUGACACCCUCGGCAUGCUGUCGCGCAUGCUGGAGGAUAUACAAAACGAUCCCAACCCCAAGAUGCCAUUUGGGGAAAUCUCGGUCAUCCAGAAGGACUUCGGACAGAAGGUCCAGCAGGACGUGGAAAGUCGACACGGAUUCGAGGCGCAGGCCAAUCGGCGGAAGCUGAUGGCCCAAGCGAGAAACUGGCUGCUGAGCGCCACGCUACGACCAACACACAGCUGGGUCUACUGGAGAGACGCGGAUGUGGAAACUGCGCCUUUUACUAUUAUCGAAGACCUCAUGCGACACAACAAGGAUGUGACCGUUCCAAAUGUAUGGCGGCCGCUUCCAGAUUGGCUCGGCGGCGAACAACCCUACGAUCUGAACUCAUGGCAGGAAUCCGAGACUGCGCUGGCGCUUGCGGACACUCUCGACGAGGACGCCGUCAUCGUGGAAGGAUAUGCCGAGUACGCGACGUGGAGGCCCCACCUUGCUUACCUCCGUGAUCCAUACGGCGACCCUGAUAUGGAGAUGGAUCUUGACGGCAUUGGUGGCGUCAGUAUUCUGGCCAAAGCUCGCGUGUUCCGCGCCGGGGUGCACUUCCCGGCGUUUAGUUUCGAAAAGCACGCCGAAACGGAAGGAUUUGGCAAGAUGGCCCGACGGAUGAAAUUCUCCGUAAUUGGCUUGCCGCAUUAUACGAUCUGGCAUCUUUACGAGCCUAGUGUUGACGACCUCCGUCACAUGGAAGAGAUGGAGCAGGAGCGUCUGGCUCGCGAAAAGGAAGAACAAGAACGAGCCGAGCAGAAAGAACCUGUCCAGUCUCAACCCCAGAGUGAUGAUCACAUCGUGGACCGCGAAGCAGUACAGGGCUCUGCUGAGGGUCCGAUUGCUCAUCCUGAAAAAGACCCUGCGGAUUCGAUCAAUGGAGCUACAAGCGACCAAUCUGAGGUUGCCGAAAAAGUUGAGCAAGUGAAGCAAUGA